AUGGUUCUCGAGGCUACCUUACUAGUUUUGGAUAAUUCGGAAUGGAUGCGUAAUGGUGACUAUACACCAACACGUUUAGAAGCACAAAAAGAUGCAGUUAAUCUCAUUUUUGGAUCGAAAACAAAUUCUAAUCCGGAGAAUACUGUAGGCUUACUUACCAUGGCCGGUAAAGGUCCCGAAGUACACGUUACUUUAACAUCAGAUAUAGGUAAAAUUCUUACUGCAUUACAUAACAUAAAAAUUGGUGGAAAAGCUAAUUUAACGACUGGGAUACAAAUUGCGCAGCUUGCUCUCAAACACAGGCAGAACAAGAAUCAACGACAACGAAUUGUGGUAUUCGUAGGUAGUCCUAUCGAAACUGAUGAGAAAACUUUGGUAAAAUUAGCUAAAAAGAUGAAAAAGAAUAGCGUUGCUGUGGAUAUAAUCAAUUUUGGAGAGGAAACAGAAAAUACUGCGAAAUUAGAUGCUUUUAUAUCAGCAGUGAAUACAGGCGAAGAUGGUGUUCCUGCUGGAUUUGCAGCUGGUGGUGGGGGCAACUUUGAGUUUGGAGUUGACCCUAAUCUUGAACCCGAAUUGGCGUUGGUAAUGCUCGUGUUUGAUUCUGCCUUACGUAUUUCACUUGAUGAAGAAAAGGCAAGACAGGAAGCGGAAGCAGCUAAAGCUGUAGGUGCUACAAAUACCACUCAAGAAACACAACCAACUUCAAUGGAUGUUGAUAAAGCUGUUGAGGGAGGCGAUAAUCAAGAUGAUAAAACUGAAGAUGACAUGCUGGCUCAAGCAUUAGCUAUGUCUUCUGCGGGCGACACUCGUGAAGGAGAUGUUCAUAUGGAAGAGCUUACCGAAGACGAACAAUUCGCUCGAGCGAUUCAAAUGUCAAUGGAAGGAAAUUCCGGAAUUCAUAAUCAAGAAUUUAUGAAUGCGGUUCUUCAAUCUCUUCCGGGUGUAGAUUUAUCUGAUCCACAGAUUCAAAAUGCUCUUCAAGGCGAUAUUAUUGGAUGUAUUAAAGAGUUAUAA